UCAAACUAAGAUACUUUAAACCAUUUCUUUCUUGUUUCUGAAGAAUAGUGUUGGAAAGUUUUAAUAAGUUGAAAAUAAACAAAGAAAUGGAUCUCCGUGAAUCAAUAACGAACCAAACCAACGUCUCCUUCACCAUCGCCAACCAUUUGUUCUCAAAAGUAUCUCACAAGGAAAACAACAUCGUCUUAUCUCCAUUGUCGCUACAAGUCGUGCUAAGCAUCAUCGCUGCUGGCUCUGAGGGUCCCACGCAACAACAGCUUCUUGAAUUCCUCCAAUCCAAAUCCACCCAUCAUCUCAACUCCUUUGCUUCUCAGCUUGUUUCCGUCGUCCUCGCCAACGCAGCUCCCGCCGGUGGACCUCUCCUCUCUUUCGUUAAUGGUGUGUGGAUUGAACAAACCCUUACUCUUCAUUCAUCAUUCAAACAAAUAGUGUCUACUGACUUCAAAGCCAAUUUGUCUUCCGUUGAUUUCCACAACAAGGCUCUUGAGGUGAUUAAAGAAGUGAAUUUAUGGGCUGAAAAAGAGACAAAUGGCCUUAUCAAAGAUCUUCUUCCUCCUCGGUCAGUCAAUAGCUCAACUAGUCUCAUCUUUGCCAAUGCACUCUACUUCAAAGGAGCGUGGAAUCAGAAGUUUGAUGCAUCAGAAACCAAAGAUUACGAUUUUCAUCUUAUGAAUGAUAUUUCAGUUAAAGUUCCCUUCAUGACAAGCAAGAAGAAGCAAUUUAUUAGAGCUUACGAUGAUUUUAAAGUUCUCGGUCUUCCUUAUAAGAAAGGCGAAGAUAAGCGUCAAUUCUCAAUGUACAUUUUUCUACCAAAUUCAAAAGACGGACUUUCAUAUCUGGUUGAGAAGGUGGCUUCUGAAUCUGAGUUCCUAAGACGUAAGCUUCCUCUUGAAAAAGUUGAAGUAGGCGACUUCAGGAUUCCGAAAUUCGCUAUUUCAUUUGGGCUUGAAACUUGUGAUGUACUGAAAGAGUUAGGAUUGGUUUUACCUUUCUCUGAAGGAGGUUUGACAAAAAUGGUGGAUUCUGUAGGGAGUUCAAACCUUUGUGUUUCCAAUAUAUUUCACAAGUCUUUCAUUGAAGUAAAUGAAGAAGGAACUGAAGCUGCUGCGGCCAGUGCUGCGGUUGUACUAAUAAGAGGAACUAUGUAUGUUUCUACUCAACUAGACUUUGUAGCUGACCACCCUUUCUUAUUUCUGAUUAGAGAAGAUUUGACUGGAACAAUCAUCUUUGUUGGACAAGUGCUUAAUCCUCUUGCUGAGUGAUCUCAACCACUCUUGAUGUGGAUAGUAAUACUACUUUAUUGU